AGGAGUGUAUAAAUAUUCGUUGUGGUAAAAGGUCGCAAAAUAAAAAGCAAUAUGGUAUUCAUCCAAGAUGGCGGCCCCCAUGGAGAAAAGAUUGCAGACGGCUUGAAACUUUGACUGGCGGACUUUUUAAAUCAUUAAAAGCGGAAACAUUUUGGUUAAUUUUGAAGUCGAAGCACAACAAAAGUUAAACAUAUGUUAGGCUAAGCGUCAAUACAGAUUCAGCUAGCUGUUACAAUCAGAGUUGGAGCUUAACAAAGACAAGAAGACGAAGGAAUUUGUUGUCAUCUUUUUGUGGUGUGAGAAUGAUGCCAGAUAAAACAAUACCGGUUUUCAACAAACUGUCAGCUUGGUUUUCCAAGAGUGUUUCAUUAAGAAGGCAAUCUUUGUGGGUUAAACAUGGAGGCAAGAUUGUCGAACUUCGUAAGGCUCAGUUUAUCUUCAGUCAAGAUCCGGAAAGCUUUGAUACCAAAAGUUUAUUUCUGUCAGAUGACUUUCAUAUGGGUUUAGCGACUGUCUUCCAUGCUGGAUACAUUGAUGCCUGCCUCAAGAAUAAGAGUGCCCACAACACAGUCAUCAGCAAAUACGUCCUGCUCCCAGAUCAUCUCGCGAAAGAAUUACACAGAGUUAGAAUUUCACGUGAUAAACAAAAUGAAACGCCUGACAGCACAACUGCCCCACACAGAUCUAGUUUAAGAGAUCCAUUGCCAGAGGGAAGGCGUGCAGAUCAAAGGAUAGAUGCUGAUGCACCCUCUAGAAAUAGAACAGCCACAGACAGUGAAAUGGAUCGGCAUGCAGGAACCAGUAAUGAGCUAAGAAGUUUUGAAGACAGAGCAGAAGGAAGACCAGUUGGAGCUCAAGCCUUGUCUGAGGAGCAGAGGAUGGAAACGGCAGCAGGUCAGUUUCAGAAUCAAGAGAUCUCCAAGAUACCUCACGUCAGAGAAUUGCCGCAAGUAUCUGGUCCCAUCGUUGAUUUCGUCGUCGGAAGAAACGGCUAUAGUGUUCAGAUGAGCACAUGAAGGACUCUGCAAGUUUAAGUGUUAAAGUUUGAAAUAGUUUUGUGUUUGGUGUUAUUCAAAAAUUGCUUGUUAUUUCUGAAGUUUAAGUGUUUGGUUGAAAAAGAUGCAAGUCUGCAUUCAUUUACCUUUUGAAAGUUACUUGUUGAUUAUGAUAUCUAGAGAUAUUGAUGCAGCAUUAAACGUGUUACCGGACUUAGACUAAGGGAGUGCGCUGACAAAGGGCUGGAUAGCUCAGAUGGUAAACCACCAGCACCCUGGACGUUAUUGGUUCAAAUCUCGCUCGAGUAAAUUUUUCUGUGUUUGGACUUCAAUCAGAUUAAUCAGAUGUUCUUGAAAAGAUGUGCCUAUUUUUCUACAAAGGUUUUUGUUAGCUCAGUAAUGCCCAUAUUUAUAUUUCUUAAUGUUAGUAAGUUAUUCAUAUUGUUAAACUAUAAUACUUCCAAGAGGGAAAGUGUUGCAUUAGACCCGACAAAAAAUUAUUAAUUUGAAACGUCUUUCUAUUGAAAAUUUUUGUUAAACAUUUUUGUUUAUGUUUCUAAAUGUGUCUUUGUUGAAAAUUACAGACAUAUUUUUCUAAUCUUCUCUGAAACUGUCUCUUUUUGGAAUAAAUGAAAAAAAAACUGCGGGCGUGAAGAAAUUUAAUUCAAAGAAGGUUAGCCUGCAAGUUUUUUAAGAUGGUCAAUAUAAUCAACAGCUGUACAUUAGCUUGAAUCAACAAGAGUAAUCAUACCAGUGUGAAUAUACACACCAUUUUAUUCAAUCCUGGUGGUGAAGUUGGCUAAUAUCAACAGCUGAACACUAGAAGCUUGAUUCAAGAAGAGGUGUUUUACAAUUGUUGAAAACAUAUUGUAUGAUGUUAAAGUUUGUGGUAAGGUUGGCAAGUUUUAUCAAAAGCUGUAUCUUAACCUAAUCUAAGAACAGUAAUCAUACCAUUGUUGUUAUAUAUAUAAUUAUUAUAAAUUUCAUUGAAUAAAA